AUGGCCGCCGACACAGCUGUCUUCCACGGCAUUAGCCCUCCUCGACUGAGUGCCGAGGACUUUGAGACGGCCUCUAUCCGCUCCGCUGCUCCUUCUUACGUCUCCGAGGCCCCAUCAUACCAUACCCUCCCACCCAACGAAGUGCUGCCGGCCUACACUUCUUCAGCAGCCGCAACAUCAUCAUCACAGGCCUCGCGACCAUCUAGCGCCACAGCAAGACAGUACACCUCCAUGCUCCCUCCCCGGAUGGGGAACUUCACGCCAGGCGCCGGUCUACCUCCUAUCCCACGCCGCGCAGAGAAUUCUUCCACGCCUACCUUAUCCCAAUUUCACAUCGCGCCUUGGUCCUCCAUCGGCAGCGGGAAUCCCCAGGCAAGGCACUACCAGAGCGUGGCGAGCCGACGUGUAGCAGCGGCCGCCUCUUCUUCUGCUAGUGGUCCUUCUUCGUCUGUUGAGGGUGCGUUGCGCGCAGCUAUGACCCGCAUCCAGGCCGCUAACGAUGCAACGAAUAUGAUUAGCAGCGAGGAGGACGACAGUCUCGUUCGACCUCUCGAGGAUCCGUACCUCGUCGGCGAGGAGGCGGCCGCGAGAGCUCGGAGCGAACGGCUGGCGAGGAAACAUGGCGAGGAUAUACUGAUUCAUGAGGAUAGGCAUUGGGAUUUGUGGUUAGGUAUGCAUGACGAUUUCUCCAUUAUCUAUUUUCCAUUUUCCGUUAACUAA